CACUUCCUCAAACCAGGCUCUUACUUCCUGCAUAAAAAGAAACUGAGAAAAGGAAAAAGAAUGCAUCUCCACAGAGCGGUGUUGCAGUGGGAAGGCCCAUGUUGGUCACCUGUGAAGGGGCGUCACUCACACAUGCUGAACACACACACACACACACACACACACAGCCCUUCAUCAGAACUAAAAGAUGCUUCCCUGAGCAGCUUGGACCAAACAAAUCAGUAAGAGAAACACUGAAGGGACAUCGUGUUCUGAUAUAUUGUUGGAGCCAGUCAGUACAGUUUCUUCCUUGUUCCUUGUUGAAAUGACGACAUGCCCCUGAGCCACUGAGCCGAGACUGCAUUGUUUCCCACUAAAGAAAGAAAAGCUGCAGGCAGAAUGCGGGACAUGCUGGAGAGGCUGAGGACCGUCCAUGAGGAGCAGGAGCAGAGUGAGCCUAAGUUCUAUGGACCUGAGUACGACGUGGACAGGUUGACUCUGACUCAACAGGCGGUGGUUUUUGAGAACUCCUCAGCUAUUGACAACAUCCUGAAGGAGGCUCACUCCAUUCGCAAGGAGAUCUCCCUCCUCCACUCAGAGGUCAAGCAUCUGAGCGCAAUCAACGAGCGCUUUGGCACCUCUGUAGGACGCCUUACCCUGAUCAAAAAAGACUCCGUUUCUAUCGCCAGGGGAAUCCAGCAACAUGGGGAGGCCCUGUACAUCCGCCUGCAGGCUCUGGGUAAGGAGAGCAGCCGGGUGGAGGAGAAGGAAGGUCACAACUCUGCAGUCUGCCGCAUCGCCCGAGCCCAGUACGACACGCUGACCAGAGCCUUCCAUGCUGCCAUGAGUGACUACGCUCAGGCCGAGGAGAUGCAGAGGAGCGCGUGUCGGGGGAGGAUCAAGAGGCAGGCCUCCAUCAUUGGGACUGAAAUAUCUGAUGAACAGCUGGAUGAGCUGGUGGACAAAGGCGGAGAGGGGUGGGCCGAGCUGUCCCAGAGUCUGCAGACACCAGGCGGCCGCUCGAGCCGAUGGGCGAUGGGUAAGAUCCAAGGCAGACACAAGGAGCUGGUGGAGCUGGAGGCCAGGCUGAAGGAGGUCCACGAGAUGUUCCUGACCAUGGCCGUGCUGGUGGAGGAGCAGGGAUCCAUGAUCAACAACAUUGAGACCAAUGUGUGCGGUACCGAGGAGUACGUGGAAAAAUUCAACGUUAACAUCAAGAAGGCCGUACAGUACAAGAGGAAAAAUCCUUUUCACCACUUCUGUCCCUGUCUCCCCUGCUGGAGACACAACCAAACAGUAUAGAGCAUAUUUUGACCUGAUGCAAUUUAUGGUUUAUUUUGAAACUGAACUAAAUAUUUUCUUGUAUAAAAAGUUUUGUACUGCA